GGGGGUAUUUUCAGGCCUUGGGGGCAAUUUCGGGGGGACAAAUCCUUUGGGGGUUUAUGCGGAGGGAACUAAAACAGGCUUGGGGGGAAUUGGGGUUUUUUGAAAAACAUUAAAAUCUUUUUUUUUUUUCUGUACGCGAUUAAAGGCGCUUAUUACAUAAUCUGCACACAUCCACGCACACUCACACACUCAAACACGCACAACGAUGUGUAGGCUGGUACGAGUACGAACGAACAUCGAUGAUAGCCGAGCGGUGCCGAAGCGAAGUUGUCAUUGUCACUGUCACGCAGCGCAGCGCGCAGCCGCAGUCAGUCGUUUGUUCGGGACUUCGGGUCGGACAAACAGGUUUAUUUAUACCGCCAAUUGCUGAGUGUGUGCUAUAUUAUUAAAUUGUAAAUCUUAAAAACUGAGUGAAGAUCAUGGAAAAGACCAAACCAAAAUAUGUAAGAAGAUAUAGAAAGGAGUGGGAACAGGACCCAACAUUUAAAGCUCUGAAUGAGUUACCACUUGGACCAGCCGUUUAAACAUCAAGUAGAUAUAUGAAUAUUUCAAAAGGAGGUAUAAAUGUAAUAAGGUAUAAGUAGGGUGGCUGACAGUUUGCAUCGGUGACGAUACAAAAGCGUGGUGCAAGGCCUGUAAGUGCACAUUGAUGUCUCAUAAAAAGGAUUUAGUAGAACAUUCCAAAACUAAAAAACAUGACCAAUGUUUAAAACGAUCUAAUAUAGUUGGUCAGUCAAGUAAAAUGUCAAAUUUUUUUGAAAAGCCCUUGAAAGAGCCAAGAAAAAGAGCAGAAUUAAAAAUUGCUGCAUAUGUUGCUGAACAUUCAAGUAUUAAAUCUGUGGAUCAUCUAGGUAUACUGAUUAAAGAUUUAGAUCCAGCUGCUCCAGUUUUGAAAGAUUUGAAGUUACACAGGUCAAAAUGCACUGCUUUAAUUAGAAAUGUUAUUUCUCCUUGUUUCUUGGAAGAAUUAUUGGAAGAAGUUGGAGACAAUCAUUACUCAAUGAUCAUUGAUGAAACAACUACUAUUGACACGAAAAAAGUAAUGUGUGUGAUUAUAAGAUUUUUCAGUGAAAAACAGAAUAAAAUUAUUACUCAGUUUUACAGAUUGAUUGAAAUAGAAUCUGCAGAUGCAACUUCAUUAACUGAUAAGUUUAAAGCGCAACUGACUGCUGAUGGCCUAAACACAGGAAAACUUUUGGGUAUAGGAGUCGAUGGUGCUAAUGUCAUGGUUGGUGAACAUCACUCGUUUUCCUCUAUUUUGAAAGAAGGAAACCCUGAUCUGAUAACUAUUAAGUGCGUUUGUCAUUCAUUACAUUUGGCGGCUGAAAAUGCAUUCAAAACGCUCCCCCGGUUUCUUGAUUUUCUCAUUAAAGAAUGCCAUAACUGGUUUUCAAACAGUACGAAAAGACAGACUGAAUACAAGCAAAUAUAUGAAUUACUGUACGAUGGAAAAACACCAUUAAAAAUAAACAAACUAGCUGGCACUAGAUGGUUAUCUAGAUAUGAGGCACUCAUUAAAAUUUUAGACCAAUGGGAUGGAUUAAAACUACACUUUGACAUGGCCAAAUCUAGAGAAAGGUGUUAUACUGCGGAUCAAUUGAGCAACAUCCUCAAAAGUAAGGCAAAUUUGUUAUACAUGACUUUUCUCGGGACUUACCUCAAAUAUAUUACCAUGACAAAUAAAAUGUUUCAAGCCACUGAUGCAGACCCUCUGAAGUUGCUUGAAGAAGUUAAUAAUUUAUUAUUAACCUAUUUAACAAUUUUAAUACCUCCAGCGCAACUGGAAAAGGCGGACAAACAUAGUUUAUGUAACUAUGAUUUUGAAAAGUACAUAAUGGACUCAUCAUAUAUGAAUUUCGGGUAUUCAUUUAACGAAAAGUCAGAAGGUAUAAGAGAACAUGAAUUGAAAGAUAUAAAACAGCGCUGCAAGGAGUUUCUUAUAGAAAUCUGUAAACAAAUACAGAAGAGAUUACCAAAUAAUAUGAAGACGUUAGAAAAUUUGAAGUUACUGAGUCCGAAAAAUGCGACGUCUCAAAUCAAACCGGACAUAACCAAUUUAGCAAAAUCUUUUAAAACCGUCUGUAAUGAUGUCGACUCCUUGCUACAGGAAUGGAACGCCUUACACAGAACUACCUGGGAAUCGACAAAAACUACUGAGGAAUUCUGGGUGGAAGUGUACAAUUUUAAAAAUGCUGUGGGUGAGAGAACCUACGGAAAUGUUAGCAAAUUGGCAUUAGCCAUUUUAUCAUUACCUUUCUCCAACGCAGUGGUGGAAAGAGCCUUUUCUCAAGUGACUAUCAUUAAAGAUAAAUUGAGAAAUCGAUUGGCCACCGCCACUGCGGAAUCAAUCUUAAGAAUAAGAUAUACAAUGAUAAAAGGCUGUAUAAGUUUUAAUCCCACUGUCAAGAUGCUACAGAGAUUCAACUCUGAAAAAAUGUAUGGCACUGAUGAAGCAUGUGGAGAUACAGAAACAGAUGCAUUAAUGGAAGCAAUUUCUGAAAUUUAAAUGUUUUGCCUAUUUUUGUGUUUUUUCUUUACAAAUAAAAUAAUUUUCCAACA